AGGCGAGCGAGAUGAGGGGAUCAUAUAAACGAGUCAAUAGAAACUACUUCUAUGGCACCAGGAGCGUGGUCCUCGCUCCCCUUGAGGACUGCAUACGCAAUCAGCACAAGAAUUGCGCGGUCUUCGGCAAGGAUGGACUGCACGUCCAGAGCAGAGUUUCUUAUCGGGCCUUUGGCAAUAAUGCUGCGGAAAAGGAUCAAACGACGACGUCGAGAGUUCGGCUUCAGACAACUCCUCCUGUGAGGCAAAGUCCAGAUCGAAUCCACGAAAUUCUCACCCAAUGGGAAGCUGACAUUGCUUUGGCUAAGAAGACCAAGGACAACAAAGCUUCGGUUUCGAAAAGAAAGUUUCAUAGGUUUGAAACAGAACUAUGUGAGUGCUUGGUCAAUAACCUUGAGGUGGAUGAAGGAGAAUCUCGCCAACGAGGAGGCGGAGCUUCAUCCUCCACAAGCCUGAAAGCAAGUGAUGCGGUUCGAAUUCUAGCCCUACUGUUAAGGCUCAGCUUUCAAUGGUCAUUGGGGUUGGUCACUGAGAUCCUUCUUGAGAGAACAGGGGAAAAUGAAGGAAAAGCAAAGGGAGAGGCAUGGGGCCCAUUUCUUUCAGAGUCAGUGACCAUUGAAUGCUGAGCUUUAAUACUGCGAUCUGGACAAGGCCAUGGGCAACUGCGGUCUAGUCGGCUCUUAGACGCGGUCUUGACAGCGGCAGUGCUGGACUUGCAAAGAACGGAGGGCGCAAAGGCGACCAAGGGUACUGUGGAAGGAAAGACUUCUACAGCGUCGAGACUGCUGGAAGAGCUUGAGUUGAUCCAGCUUCUAUCUUUACCCAAGGCAGAAGACUUGGAUGUGGCAGAGAAGUUUGUGCCAGUGGUUGAAGCAGUAAUUGAACGAUUGGGGUUUUCCGACGACAGCAAGGACCACAAGGUAGAGCUGGCAAUCAGAAAAUCGCAUUGCUCAACAAAACUGCUACUGGCACUAUUGCAAGGCAUGCAUGCUGUCCGGCUGCGGAAUUCCAGCUUGGCAGGGAAAAUAAUUGCGGAACUACUAGUACUUCAAAGAAAUGACACAAAUGACACUGUCCGGCUCCGGGCUAAUCUUUCUGCCACUCAGCUGAUUUCAAUCGCAAGAUAUGCGGAAGGAUUGGAGGCUAAGAGUACUAGAUUUAACGCAGAUAAUACAUCGAUGGGAUGCGACACAAAACAAGAUACCACUCCGGUAUUAAACCUUCUAAACACAUUCGCGAGCCUGACUCCAGCGCCAGGUCCCAUACUGUGGCUUUCCUUUCUGCGACAUUAUGUUGGAUGGUGGAGCUCCUCUUUGGAGCACUGUAAGGUCACUACGGGCACUGGAGAAAGCAAAAGCCUUCCAGCCAUGAAAGCUGAUGGUCAGGGGUCCUGUGCGUUGGUUCUAGGCUUGGGGGUCGUGAAAAUGCACUUGAUGAAUGAUGCGGGUGCAAAUAGCAAUGUUGCGAAAUCAGCGAAUCAGAAGUCUGGAGGACAAAAGAGAAGCUUUCGAAAAAGCUGCUUGAUGCUAUUGCAGGUUUUGGUGCCUCACUUGUCCGUUUUCGAUCUGGCGUCGCUUAAAGGGUUGCAUGGUUUGCUAAACGACCUCAGCCCUGGAAACAAAAAGAGUUCACAAGCAAUCUACACCCCUACCGCUGGCUCAUGUCGCGUCUCAGGGCCUCAGACAGAUGUGCACAAAGUGCUGACUGUUGGAUUGCAAAUUCCAGCUACAUUAGAGGCGCCCAUUGAAGACACAAGUUAUUUGGUGGACAUACUAGUUGCUCAUGGUGAUAAUAUGGAUAGUUGUACGCAAGAAACAUGAAAUUUUUCUUCUCUUAU